AUGCGGUUCCAGCAAAGAGCCUUCUUUCAUCGCAACUACGCAACAUACAAAAGCUUUGACAACAAGUCAAAGUCACUGUUCUCCAUUCACGAUAUCUUAUAUAACCGCCGCUUCCAGUAUUUUAUGGGUGGCUGCAUCGGCUUCUAUCUAUACAACUUGGAUGAGGCUCCGUUCACUCAUCGGUAUCGAUUUCUCUGGGUGCCCUACUGGAUGGAGAAGAAGAUUGGUGACUACUCAUAUUCACUGAUCAUCUCACAAUACCGAGGCCAGAUCGUGCCUUCGUCAGACCCGCUGUAUAGGCAAAUCAGAAGCAUCAUGAAUAGACUUCUUGCAAGCGCCAUUGACAACACUUCAGACCCCAAGCAGGCUGCGCAUCUAAAGAGCUUGCAAUGGUCCAUCAACAUCAUCCAGGUGAGAGAUGCUCGGAAGGAGCCUCCCAACGCCUUCAUUUUGCCCAAUGGCAAGAUCUUCAUUUUUUCAUCGAUUUUCCCCAUUUGCAAGAACGAGGACGGUCUAGCUACCGUGCUCUCUCAUGAGCUUUCUCACCAAUUGGCCCACCAUUCUUCCGAACAACUCAGUAAGCAGCCAUUCUACAUUGCGCUCUCGACCAUGCUCUACGCAGCAACGGGGAUUUCCUGGUUCAACGAUUUGCUAAUUGCAGGCUUGCUUCAAAUGCCUUCUUCUCGAGAAAUGGAGUCCGAAGCUGACCGCAUUGGCUGCGAACUAAUGGCUCGUUCGUGUUUCAAUGUACGUGAGGCGGUCAAUUUCUGGAAUAGAAUGGAGUCAUGGGAAAAACUGUCGGCUGCAAUGCCCAGAGGUGGUAUGCUCCAGGAGUUUUUGUCGACACAUCCCAACACAGCUAAAAGAGUGCACGACAUUCAACAGUGGAUGCCUGAACUUGAGCAUCUCAAAGAGACGUCCAACUGCUACCAGUGGGGCCGAUUCGACGACUUCCAGCGUAACUACUAUGGCGAGAGGCGCUCAUUCUAG